UUUGGUUCGGGGCGGGGAAAGCAAUGGGCGACUUGGAUGCUGUGAUCCCUUCCCUGGAGCCCUUCAGGGUAGAGCAGGUCCCACCCAUCAUCUACUAUGUCCCAGACUUCAUCUCUGAGCCAGAAGAGGCGCAGCUGCUCCGACAGGUGUAUGAGGCUCCAAAGCCCAAAUGGACACAGCUUUCUGGGCGGAAAUUACAGAACUGGGGUGGGCUCCCCCACCCAAAGGGCAUGGUCCCUGAGCAGCUGCCUCGCUGGCUCCAGCGCUGGGUGGAUGCUGUCUCUGCUCUCGGCUUGUUCGGGGGUUCCCAAGCAAAUCACGUGCUGGUGAAUGAAUACCGGCCAGGAGAAGGCAUCAUGCCCCACGAGGACGGCCCUCUGUACUACCCCACGGUCAGCACCAUCAGCCUGGGCUCCCACACUGUCCUGGAUCUGUACCCGCCCCGAGGACCCGAGCUGGAGAAGGACCCACGGGAAGAGCAGCCCCAGCCACCCCGUCUCCCUGCUGGGGAGCCAGGCCUCCUGGUCCUCCGAGGGGAGCACCCCACCCCCCUCCACCUGCCCUCUGGUGGACCUUCCGACACCCCUGUGGCCAAUGCCUCGGCCUGCCCCUCCGCCCGGCUGGGGGCCCUGCUCCCCCGGGGCACGCGCGUCUCGCUGACCAUACGCAGGGUCCCCCGAGGUGGGGUGUCCUUGAGCAAAAAUCUCCCAAGUAAACCCAGGGGUCUCCCAGCACCACAAGCCAAUUAA